AUGACAGUGAUCAACGGCGAAUACAUUCCGGUUGCGUCUGGUGGGCGUUCCAUACAGUAUGUCGGCUCCUCUGUGACCAAUGGGGCUAUCCCAUAUACCAAGCGAGAUGGUACAAUCCCACGAAGAUGGAUCCUGAAUGCCCUCACGUCAAAUACUCCUGGAAUGGUGAUCACUGGGGCUUGGAGACGUCCCGGGGACAGAGCAGCAGAGUACAACACCAUCAAAUAUCGGACCGACCUCACGCAACUUUUGGAGAAAGGGAAAUUCAGUGCGGUCUUCUCCCCUGCAGGAGUUGCUUUCGGAUCAAAGCACGGAGAGGCGCUUUUCACUAAUAUGCCGAACAUCGAGAAAGCUAAGUUGAAAGUCGAGGAAUAUAGAACAGCCCCGUAUAACAGAGGUCGUGAUCCUUACGGUGUGAAAGUUGUGCUAGGCGUAACUGUUUAUGUGGGAGAAACCGAUGAAGCAGCCCAGGCCAAGCUGGAUGAUUUCAAGCAAUAUAGCAGCAAGCUCGGAGCUGAAGUUCUAUUUUCCAAUCGGGUGGACCAAGAUCUCUCCGUUUACCCAGAAGAUGCGGAUCUAAGGGAAGUCGGGACCGCACCUAUUAAAGGGAUACUUCGAAAUCUGCAAUCAACUCAUUCGGAACAUAACGAUUGGACCCGAGCUGGAUUAGCUGAUUUAUUAGGUGUUCGAGGAUUACGUUACCCUCCAAUUGUCGGUUCACCGACGACGGUGGCAGAUCAUCUUCAGCGAAUAAUUACAGAAGCAGACGUCGAUGACUUCAACAUCGCUUGA